GUUUUCUACUAAGCUCGUGUGAGUCAAGUGAGGUUGCUGUAGAAAAGUAUCGUCGCUGAUGUGAAUGUGGGCACUUGGAAGCCGGCACAAGUUGGACCUGUAAUUUAUUACAACGAUUUACUUCCUCUGCCAUUAAAAUGCAGAGCUGUGCAAAAUCCUGGGGCUGCUUUAUUUCCAGAUCAUUAUGUUCAGAAUCCCAUACCAAUUUACUUCAGGUUUACAGCAGAAGAAGUAAGCGGUUGCUUCUAAAAGGAAGAUGUGAAUGGAGAGCAGGAACGUGCGCGGCUGGGGCACAGAAAGCAAUGAGCACCAGCGUGGUUCACUGCUCGGAUACCGCAGCUUCGUCAAGGCAGUUUGAAAAACUCCUGCCCAAACAUGACGACUUUUCUGAAAGACACAUCGGGCCAGGGGACAAGGAAAAAAGAGAAAUGUUGGACACGUUAGGGCUGUCGAGUGUUGGAGAGCUGAUUGACAAAACUGUACCCACCAGCAUCCGAUUGCAAAGGACUCUGAAGAUGGACGACUCUGUCUGUGAAAAUGAAAUCCUGGAAUCAUUAUACAGUAUUGCAAGCAAGAACAAACUUUGGAGAUCAUAUAUUGGAAUGGGUUAUUAUAAUUGCUCAGUACCACAAGCCAUUGUUCGAAACCUGCUGGAAAAUUCAGGAUGGGUCACUCAGUACACACCAUACCAGCCUGAAGUCUCCCAAGGCAGAUUAGAAAGCUUACUCAAUUACCAGACCAUGGUAUGCGAUCUCACAGCCAUGGAUGUGGCAAAUGCUUCCUUACUGGAUGAGGGGACUGCAGGUGCUGAAGCCAUGCAGCUGUGUCACAGGCAUAACAAACGAAGAAAAUUUUAUGUUGAUCCCAGAUGCCAUCCACAGACCAUUGCAGUUGUGCAGACAAGGGCAAAUUACAUUGGUGUGACCACUGAAUUGAAAUACCCUCACGAGAUGGAUUUCAGCAAUAAGGACGUCAGUGGAGUGCUGUUUCAGUACCCUGAUACCGAAGGAAGAAUUGAAGAUUUCUCAGAAGUUGUUGACAGGGCACAUCAAAAUGGGACCCUGGCUUGCUGUGCUACUGACCUUUUGGCUCUAUGUAUUCUGAGGCCUCCUGGUGAGUUUGGUGUAGACAUCGUACUGGGCAGUUCUCAGCGGUUUGGUGUACCCCUUUGUUAUGGAGGACCUCAUGCAGCCUUCUUUGCAGUCAAAGAGAAUCUGGUGAGAAUGAUGCCUGGAAGAAUGGUGGGAGUUACAAGGGAUGCUGCAGGAAAAGAGGUUUACCGUCUUGCACUACAAACUCGAGAGCAACAUAUAAGGAGGGAUAAAGCAACCAGUAAUAUCUGUACAGCUCAGGCUCUUUUAGCUAAUAUGGCAGCCAUGUUUGCUGUUUAUCAUGGUCCAAAUGGUCUGAAGCAUAUUGCGAAGAGAUUGCAUAAUGCCACUUUAAUCUUGGCAGAAGGUCUUAAGAGAGCUGGACAUGCACUGCAGCAUGAAACGUUCUUUGACACACUCAAGAUUCAAUGUGGAUGUGAUACGCAGGAGAUCCUUGAGAGGGCAAGGCAGCGCCAGGUCAACAUUCGUGUUUACAGUGACGGCAUGGUUGGGGUAUCCCUUGACGAAACUGUAACAGAGACUGACCUGGAUGACCUGCUCUGGAUUUUUGGUUGUGAGUCAUCAGCAGAACUGAUUGCAGAAAGCAUGGGAGAAGAAUCAAAAGGCCUGCUAAGUACUCCAUUUAAAAGAACAAGCAAAUUUCUAACUCAUUCAGUUUUUAACAGCCAUCACUCUGAAACUAACAUCGUACGAUACAUGAAAAGACUAGAAAACAAAGAUGUUUCACUUGUUCACAGUAUGAUCCCAUUGGGAUCCUGUACCAUGAAGCUCAACAGUUCAUCAGAACUCACUCCCAUCACAUGGAAGGAAUUUGCAAAUAUCCAUCCUUUUGUGCCUUUGGACCAGGCCCAGGGUUAUCAUCAGCUAUUCAAAGAACUUGAGAAUGACUUGUGUGAAAUCACAGGUUAUGACAAGAUUUCUUUCCAGCCAAACAGUGGCGCACAAGGUGAAUAUGCUGGCUUAGCAGCAAUCAAGGCUUAUUUAAAUGCCAAAGGAGAACAUCAUCGAACAGUGUGCCUCAUUCCAAAAUCUGCACAUGGCACAAAUCCAGCCAGUGCACAGAUGGCAGGGAUGAAGAUACAGCCAGUGGAGGUGGAUAAAAAUGGCAGCAUUGAUAUAGCACAUUUGAAAGCUAUGGUCGACAGAUAUAAAACUAACUUGGCAGCCAUUAUGAUCACCUACCCAUCCACCUUUGGAGUAUUUGAAGAGAACAUCAGUGAUGUUUGUGACCUAAUACACAGACAUGGAGGCCAGGUCUACUUAGAUGGAGCCAAUAUGAAUGCUCAGGUGGGACUAUGUCGACCAGGUGACUAUGGAUCUGAUGUGUCACAUCUGAACUUGCACAAAACAUUUUGCAUUCCCCAUGGUGGAGGAGGUCCAGGAAUGGGACCAAUUGGAGUGAAAAAGCAUCUUGCCCCAUACUUGCCAAGUCACCCUGUUAUCCCUGUUGGACAGCUAGAUAAUGAUGCUCGCCCUUUAGGUACAAUUAGUGCUGCCCCUUGGGGUUCCAGUGCGAUUCUGCCAAUCUCAUGGGCUUAUAUUAAGCUAAUGGGAGCCAGGGGUUUGAAGCAUGCAACAGAGAUUGCCAUUUUGAAUGCAAACUACAUGGCUAAAAGGCUAGAAAAGCACUACAAAAUCGUUUUCAGAGGAGCCAGAGGUUAUGUUGCACAUGAAUUCAUCUUGGAUGUAAGGCCAUUCAAGAAGACUGCAAAUAUUGAAGCAGUAGAUGUUGCCAAAAGGUUGCAGGACUACGGAUUCCAUGCUCCGACGAUGUCCUGGCCUGUGCCUGGCACGCUGAUGAUUGAACCAACUGAGUCUGAGGACAAGGCCGAACUGGACAGGUUCUGUGAUGCUCUUAUCAACAUCAGACAGGAAAUAUUAGACAUAGAGGAAGGCAGGAUGGAUUCCAGAAUAAAUCCACUAAAGAUGGCUCCACAUACUUUGGCUUGUAUUUGUUCAUCUAGCUGGGAUCAUCCAUAUUCCCGCGAAGUGGCUGCUUUUCCAUUGCCAUUUGUAAAACCUGAAACCAAAUUCUGGCCUACAAUUUCACGGAUUGAUGACAUCUAUGGAGAUCAGCACUUGGUCUGUACCUGUCCCCCAGUGGAAGCCUAUGAGUCUCCAUUUACAGAGCAGAAGAGAGCUUCAUCAUAGGACUUGACAGAGCUUGCACUGCACUUUUGUACUCGGCAAGAUAUUUUCCUGGAACCUUCUUAUCAAGUCCACUGAUCCGGCUGUGGGUGGUGGAUUUUAUGUUGUGACUAUUUAAGAAUCAUUAGUUGAUUUUUUCAUACUGCUGCUAAGCUAAAUUGUGAGGGAAAAAAGCGAAGUGAGCCUAGCAUGUAUAUGGUGGGAGGCGACUGCUUUUAUUUUGGAAACUGCACAUAUUCACUGCCUGAGUUGUGGCUUCCAUCUUCUGCUUUGUUGUCAUCCUCGGCACCUUGUAAAUUUAUUUUGGGUAUUGGCUUCUGCUUUAGGCAAGGAGUGGACAUAAAUGUAGAUUGCUUUUGUUUGACACUUUGGUGUCUUUCAGAAAGCUGAAAAUACAUGUUUGCUAUUUUAAAUUAACAUAUUCACAAUAGUUGUGUACAGUUGAUGCUGUUUUCAAAUAUUUGAAAAUAAGAGUAAAUUUUCUUUUUCAUUGCUGUAGUUAUUUAACCUUUAUAAACUGGCAUUUCUGUUUCUGUAUUAAAUUUAACUAAAUGCAAUUUUUAAACUGUUUAAAGUGUUUCAAUAAAACAUGUUAUUUUCUAAUGUC